GUGAUUGGGAAACACUUCAGGGCUGAGAGCAUUCUGUGGUCAGGUCAAAGCUGCCCGACAGAUGAACUAAUCAGUCACUUGGAGAAGAGCUGUGAGAGGAUCCAGUUAAGGAUGAGGUUAAUCAACUUGUGCUUCUGUCUUCUCUUCUGCCUGAACACAGGUGAUGUAUCUGCAAACCCCAUAACAGCCACAGUGGGAACAGAUGUCACUCUAAAAUGCAAAUAUGACUCUAAACAUUACGGCAGGCUGCCUUUCUGCUGGGGCAGAGGCAGUAUACCUAACAGUGGCUGUGGAAAUGAGGUGAUCAAGUCCGACGGGACAACGGUGCUCAGCAGGCGUUCAGAACGUUACACUCUUCUGGGUGACCUUGGCAUGGGGGAGGCUUUUCUGACCAUCACACAGGUUCAAGAGAGUGACUCCGGCAUAUACGGCUGUCGUAUAGACAUACCAGGCUGGUUCAAUGAUCAGAAACAUGAGAUUACUCUCAAAGUAAAUCCAGGAAAGCCUUUUCCUAUAAAGGUGGAAAUGAGAGAGGUGAGGGAACGGACGGUUAUUGUACGCUGGACUCCUGCUUUUGAUGGCGGCAGUCCUGUUACCAGCUACACGGUGGAUUUGAAAUUUAAAUAUGCAUCUUGGGAUACAGCUAUAAGAACUGAAGUAUCACACGCCUCCCUGACUCAGGUGACUUUGGUCGACUUGUGUCCUGCCAAGACCUACAACCUUCGCAUGUUUGUGGUCAACAGUGUGGGGAUGAGUGAAGCCAGCAAUAUUCUGGUAUUCACAACAAAGGAGGCAGCACCUGAGGGUCCACCAAAUGAUAUACAGCUAGAAGCCAUCAGUUCUAACAUCAUUAAAGCUACAUGGAAGCCUCCCAAGGCUGAUCUCCAAAAUGGUGUUCUACGCAAUUAUAUUAUCAGCUACAAGGAGUACGACCAUGUGGCCAAAGUAUUUCUAAAGGCAAAGCAGCUUAGCUUGACGGCUACAGGUGCAGAACAAAGCACCUUUCUGACUAACCUGAAGCCUUCAACUCAGUACAGUGUUCAAGUUCAGGCCAAAACAAGUGCAGGACUAGGACCUGUUUCAACGGCACGUUUCUGCACCACUCUAGAGGAAGUUAAAGCAACCACAGCAGCCAAUACUCUGUUAUCUAGUACUACUGCUUCUACAAAACAGAUGCAGUAUACAAGUCUUAGUGAUGUCCACACAACUCCAACUUCAGCUGGGAUUGAGUCCACAUCCACGGUUAUGGAACAAACAUCUUGGAGCAAACAUCUUUUGGAACAAACAAGCUUCAUGACAGCUGUGGUGCUUGGAGUGCCUCCGGAUCCACCUGUAAUUGUGUUGGAGGAGGUGAAAGGAAAAACAUUUUCACUUUUCUGGACUCCUCGAUUUGAGGGCGACAGCCCCAUUACUGGUUUCUUCCUGCAAUAUAAAGACACAAAUGCUUCCUGGGACAAAGACCGAUUAGUAGAUUUUGGACCCGAUUGGACAACGGCCACGAUUUUAGAGAACACUCCUUCAACAUACAACAUCCGCAUGUUUGCGAAAAACAGUCAUGGCAUGAGUAAUGCCAGCAAUGUUCUCACUGUAACCAUUGAAGAAACAGGUCAGCAAAAGAGCAGUGUCAUUGCCACCAUGUCAACUAUUAAUGACGAUUCUGCGAUUGCCGGCCAAAACAGUGGUGUUCACAUAGCUGCCAUCAUUGUGCCAGUUGUAGUGGUGCUAUUGGUUGGUGCCAUUAUAAUUGGUUUGCUACUUCAACGUAUAAAACAGAGGAAAGGUAGCCUUAAUGUGUGGCUGAAAAAUGGGGCAAUUCAUUACAAAGGAUCAGAUUCCCUAGAAGAACUGUGAACUUUGUUUCUCUGCAAUCAACUUUUAAAUACCAUAAACAACAGAGUAGUUUAUAUCAAUUAGCUAUACUAAAAGCUAUAUUAUAAAAAAUCCUUUUUAACUGAGAAAAGAUUUGCUAACAAGUAAACAUUCUUGUGUGUUUGAGUCAAACUAACCACAGAAAAGUUAAAGCUUCUACUGUACAACUAUUUUGUUUUAAAAAUUGUUAUUUUUUUUAAGUGAUGGUACCACAUAUCUGCUUAAGUUGGUUUGAUUUUUUUUUUUUUAACCAAGAAACCUUUUUGUUGUUUGUUUAUUCAAAUGUAAAUCAGCCUCCACAAUUUAGCAAUUUGCUAUCAACUUUAAGCUUUUUUCCACUGACAUCUCAGGUCAGCUCACAACUUGGCACAUUUUUCCCACUAUAUGUGAAAUCACAAAGUUCACAAAACAUAUGGUGCUAAUGCUAAUAAUGUUAUGUUAGCACAAACACUCAAUCCAGUUCAAAAGGUUAGACUGAUGGGAAAUCUCUAUGAACCAGGCUACUGCUGGCGUUGCCUUGUUAUGAGUCAAAUUUGAGAGAAUGUUUGGAAAUCAUUGUUUUGACUGUGUUACUAAGGUUCAGAUAUUCAGCUGGAUGUUAAAAAUGUAUCAGUUCUACAAAAAUGUAUUGUUUGUACAAAUUUUCACAGUAUUCAUCUGUGAAACAGAUAAAAUAAAACUGAAAUAAUUUGGAUCACUGAAA